GGCACACAAGCAGACGAAUCACAGUGGAAGAGGAGAGGAGGGGAGCAGCUAAGUUUACCUGUUUGCACGCAAAGAAACGCAUGAAACUUCUGGCAUGUGAUGUUUUCUCUCGGCAUUUUAGUAUAUCGCAGGGGAAGCAGGAUCCUGUGCACCGGAUCACACUUGGCCAUGACCCUCACCAACGGACUGGUGGUUUCUACAAACGGCUGUUCAGACUCUGCUGUCGUCAACAACAGCAGGAAAGCUCUGAGAUGGGACCUGACCCCUGAACAGAUCCAGGAGAGGACAGACAAGCUGAUCCAGAGGGUUCGGCAUGUUUACGACACGAUAGGAGCUGUGGACGUCCGGAAAGUCUCUGUUGAAAACACCCUGAAGCCACUUGCAGAUGUGAAAUUGCAUUACGCCUCGUCUCGUCAUGUGCUGGACUUCCCCCAGUUUGUGCACCCGUGUAAGGAGGUGCGUCUGGCUAGCACGGAGGCAGAUAAGAGGCUGGCGGACUUCGACGUGGAGCUGAGCAUGAGGGAAGACGUCUUCCAGAGGCUAGUGUCCCUUCAGGAGAAGAAGCUAAAUGGCUUGUCUCCGGAGACGGAGAGAUUCGUAGAGCGCCUGGUAACGCUGGGGAAGAGGAACGGCUUGCAUUUAUCAAAAGCUGUCCAGGAGGAGAUUAAGUCAAUGUCUAAAACAAUAAGUGAAUUGUCAAUUGACUUCAGUUGUAACAUCAAUGAAGAAAACUCCUUCCUCUUAUUCUCUGAAGAUGAAUUGGACGGCAUGGCGGAGAGCUACAUGUCAGGUCUGGACCGGGUUGAGGACGGCCGUUUCAAGGUGACCCUGGCCUACCCCCACUACUACCCCCUCAUGAAGAGGUGCCACGUGCCCGAGACCCGGAGGAAGAUGGAGAAGGCUUUCCACAGCCGCUGCCAAGAGGAGAACACACCCAUCCUUGAGAGGCUGAUUGAGCUGCGUGCCCGGAAGGCGAAGAUGCUGGGCUUCCAGACCCACGCCGACUACGUACUGGAGAUUAACAUGGCCAAGAACUCCAGCACAGUGGCCAACUUCCUGGACGAGGUCCAGGAGAAGUUGAAGCCAAUCGGCGAGAAGGAGAGGAGCUUCAUCCUGUCCCUGAAGGAGAGGGAGUGUAAGGCGCGGGGCCUGAGCUUCGACGGCCAGAUCCACGCCUGGGACAUGCCCUACUACAUGAAUCAGGUGGAGAAGGUCAAGUUCUCCGUGGACAAGGACAAGCUCAUCGAGUAUUUCCCAAUGGAGGUGGUGAAGGAGGGUCUUCUACAGAUCUACCAGGAGCUGCUGGGCCUGAGCUUCCACCAGGUGAAGGACGCCCACGCCUGGCACUCCAGCGUCUCCCUCUACUCCGUACUCGACACCUCCACGGGGGAGGAGGUGGGACAGUUCUACCUGGACCUGCACCCCAGGGAGGGGAAGUACGGCCAUGCGGCGUGCUUCGGGCUGCUGCCGGGCUGCCAGGGGGCUGAUGGGAUACGUCGGGUCCCGGUGGCUGCCAUGGUAGCCAACUUCACCAAACCCAGCUGCUCAUUCCCCUCGCUACUGCAGCACCACGAGGUCGAGACCUUCUUCCACGAGUUCGGACACGUCAUGCACGAGCUCUGCUCACAGACUCAGUAUGCAGAGUUCUGCGGGACGUUGGUGGAGACGGACUUCGUGGAGGUUCCGUCCCAGAUGCUGGAGAACUGGGUGUGGGAGCGCGAGCCGCUGCACCGCAUGUCUGGCCAUUACAGAGACGGCAGCCCCAUCCCAGACACCCUGCUGGAUAAACUCAUUAACUCCAGGACCGCCAACACAGGGCUGAUGAACCUGAGGCAGGUGGUGCUGAGCAAGGUGGACCAGGCGCUGCACACCAGGUCGCAGGCCGACACGGCACACGAAUUCGCCAGGCACUGCCAAGACAUCCUGGGCAUCCCCGCCACGCCAGGCACUAACAUGACGGCCAGCUUCAGCCACCUGGCAGGAGGAUACGACGGCCAAUACUACGGCUACUUCUGGAGCGAGGUCUACUCCAUGGACAUCUACUUCAGCCGCUUCAAGAAGGAGGGCAUCAUGAACCCUGAGGUUGGCAUGGAGUACCGUAAGGUGAUUCUGGAGACGGGGGGUUCCAGAGACGGGGCGGACAUGUUGAAAACCUUCCUUGGCCGAGAACCUCAGUCAGACGCUUUCUUCCACUGCAAAGGACUUAUGCAAAAUGGCCAUUGACCUUGACUUUUUAUCAUGACCUUGUCUUGUCUUGUUAUCUGUUCAGUGUGAGUGAGUAAACUGUGGCUCUACAAAC